AUGACUCAAUUCGCUUUGAUUGUAGCAGCUACAGAAGAAUUGGGCAUUGGCUUAUUAAGCAACUUGCCAUGGCGUAUUCCCAAAGAUAUGGCCUUCUUCAAGCAUAUCACAUCACAUGUGCCCAAAGCUUUGCAACAACAAUCCAAUGUCCAAAACGCAGUAAUCAUGGGUCGAGUUACUUGGGAGUCUAUUCCGCCAAAAUUCAGGCCUCUGGACAAUAGAUACAACAUUGUAGUGUCGAGAAACCCUACCUAUGAUCUAUUCCUGGCUAAUGCUACACAACAGGGCACAAUCCUUGUCGAUUCGCUGGAAAGUGCAUUCAAAGCAGUGGACCCUGCCAAGCAUGCUCGCGUUUUUGUGAUUGGAGGCGCACAGAUGUACAACUUGGCUAUUCAGCAUGCCAAUUGCUCUCAUAUCUUGCUGACUCGAGUGAUAUCCAAGGUGGAUUGCGAUACAUUUUUCCCUACCAUUGACGACAAAACGUUUCGCCUAGCCAGCCACCAAGAACUAGAAGAUUACGUAGAGCAACAAGUGCCUCAAGGCGUUCAAAAGCACAAGGAACUCGAGUACGAAUUUACAUUAUACAUCAAGCAGUGA